GCACUGACUACUUCCGGAGCUGCUGGGACAACUCCGCUAGAGGAAGCAGCGCGGGCCCGACCGGCGUCGGUCCGCCGCCUCUCCCGCCACUGCUCCCCAGUCUUGUUGUUUUGACUCGGUCUCACCUGGUCUGGUCCUCUUGGGCUCUGCAGCCGCGGAGCCGAGGCUCCAGAUGGAAAUCAUAUGACACAAUAUUUGGGUGACAGCUGCCUCAAAGGUCUUCAUAAAUUACAGAAGACAAAAACACUAAUGCAUUUGAGACAGCGGUAAAGUUUUGGGGGGAGGGAGAGAAAGCAACUCCUUUCCUGAUCUGCAAUUUGACUGGAUGCUAAGAUGUCCGUGGACAUGAAUAGCCAGGGGUCUGACAGCAAUGAAGAGGACUAUGACCCAAAUUGUGAGGAGGAAGAAGAGGAAGAGGACGAGGACCCUGGGGACAUAGAGGAUUAUUAUGUGGGAGUAGCCAGCGACGUGGAGCAGCAGGGGGCUGAUGCCUUUGAUCCUGAGGAGUACCAGUUCACUUGCUUGACAUAUAAGGAAUCUGAGGGUGCCCUCAACGAGCACAUGACCAGCUUAGCCUCUGUCCUAAAGGCCGUUGAUGCUCACUGCCAUCAGCUGCAUCCUCCCUAUGGCACUGGGCUGGACAGCUUGAACCAGCUAGAGAAGGUUAAAAAGAUAAAGCAACUGAUCAUGUUCUGGAUUUCCUUGGAAUUGUCAGGAACAGAAGCAAUUCAAUAUCUAGGAGUGGGAUUGCUGGGUCACAUGGUAUCUCAUUCAGUUGCCAAACUCAUAUUAGUUAAUUUCCACUGGCAAGUCUCAGAGAUAUUGGACAGAUACAAGUCCAAUUCUUCUCAGCUGCUCGUUGAGGCACGAGUUCAGCCUAAUCCAUCAAAACAUGUCCCCACCUCCCUUCCCCCUCACCAUUGUGCAGUGUGUAUGCAGUUUGUGCGGAAGGAAAACCUACUCUCUCUGGCCUGCCAGCACCAGUUUUGCCGCAGCUGCUGGGAGCAGCACUGCUCAGUACUUGUCAAGGAUGGCGUGGGUGUGGGAGUCUCUUGUAUGGCUCAGGACUGUCCACUCCGUACACCAGAGGACUUUGUGUUUCCAUUGCUUCCCAAUGAAGAAUUGAGAGACAAAUAUAGGCGCUACCUCUUCAGGGAUUACGUGGAGAGUCAUUACCAGCUCCAGCUGUGUCCUGGUGCAGACUGCCCCAUGGUUAUUCGGGUACAGGAGCCUAGAGCUCGCCGAGUGCAGUGCAAUCGGUGCAACGAGGUCUUCUGUUUCAAGUGUCGUCAGAUGUAUCACGCCCCCACAGACUGCGCCACAAUCCGGAAAUGGCUCACGAAGUGUGCAGACGACUCUGAAACAGCCAACUACAUUAGUGCUCACACUAAAGAUUGUCCCAAGUGCAACAUCUGCAUUGAGAAGAAUGGAGGCUGCAAUCACAUGCAAUGCUCCAAAUGUAAACACGACUUCUGCUGGAUGUGUCUAGGAGAUUGGAAGACUCACGGCAGCGAGUACUAUGAGUGCAGUCGGUACAAGGAGAAUCCUGAUAUUGUCAACCAAAGUCAGCAAGCCCAGGCCAGGGAGGCCCUCAAGAAGUACUUGUUCUACUUUGAGAGGUGGGAAAACCACAACAAAAGCUUACAGCUGGAGGCACAAACAUACCAGCGGAUUCAUGAGAAGAUUCAGGAGAGGGUCAUGAACAAUCUGGGCACUUGGAUUGACUGGCAGUACCUACAGAAUGCUGCCAAGCUCUUGGCCAAGUGUCGAUAUACCCUGCAAUAUACCUACCCAUAUGCAUACUACAUGGAGUCUGGUCCCAGGAAGAAGCUGUUUGAAUACCAGCAGGCUCAACUAGAGGCUGAGAUUGAAAACCUUUCAUGGAAAGUGGAGCGUGCAGACAGCUAUGACAGAGGGGACUUGGAGAACCAGAUGCACAUAGCAGAACAGCGGAGAAGAACCCUGCUGAAGGAUUUCCAUGACACCUAAGUUGGAACAAGGACUUGCCGGGGUGAGGAAAUGUGGCUGCAAGGACUCCCGGCUGCCGUACUGCAUGCUGCAGGCUCUGCCUUUCAUGACCCCAGGCGACAGCCAGGGCCCCACUCCUGAGAGACACUGGCAACACACCUUUUAGUUAAUUUGUUUUCUUCUCAUCUUUUUGCUUUUUGUUUCUACCAGGGUAGAGUUCAUAUUGAAUUGGCCUCUUUUCAGGACUUUUUAAUUCCCCCGAUGGUUGUUGGGAGGGAGGGAACCUUUUGUUUUGUUUUUUUUUUGUUUUGUUUUGUUUUGUUUUAUUUGUUUUUGAGUGGCUAUUAAUAGUAUUAGAUCAUUACAACUUGUAUAAUUUUCAAAGAUUGUACAAUUAUUAAAAAAAAAAAAAGGUAAACUAUAGGAUAACACAGAGCCCUUUUAAAAAAUAAAUUGGCAUUGGAGUGUUUUACCCUGUAGCUAUUUUACUUGGAAUGUAACAUAUGCUGCCCACCUACCCUGCCUCAAAAUAGCUAUACUGCAGGGAGCCCCAGGGUGGUCUCUGCUUUCCAGCUUCACAUGUUUGGCCAUAGCUAGAGUCCCAGUGAAAGAGCAUAAGUGACAAAUGGUAGGGAACUGAGUUGGCCUGUGUCAUGGGCCUGGAGCACAGGGAGUCACAUCAUGCCUCCUGCCUUAGUUGGGCAGUAAGGAGACAGUACAGAACCGGUUAUCUUCUGUGGUUUCAUCUUUAUUCUUGAAAGUGAGGUUUACCUGGGUCUGGCAACCGAAGCCAGAACCCACAGCAGAACACAGGUGGGCUUGUGUCCAUCCAGACUAGGGGACACUGGUUUAGUUAGCAUGGUGCUUCCUUUUGUCUCCUAAAGAUAGAGAUCCAUUGUUGAAGGGAGUUGUUCCUUAAAAUAAAUUUGCUGUACCUUGUUCCCUGCUUUUGUGCCAGUAUUCAAGUGGUAUAAUGCUGACCAAGGUCACAGGCAGCUGUACCUGAAACUGACCUGCUGCACUCUUAUAAAUAUCAGGGUCAGAGUUCAGCAUGGCCCGCCUCAAGAGCAUUUGCCUUUCUGGCUCAGGGGCUAAUUUGUGCAAGUUGUUUUCAUAUUACUUGGAAUGUGACCAGCAGCUACUCUGGUGGACCCUUCAAAGGGUCCCCUUUGCCUGGAUCCAGCCAUUAAGAGGACCCCACCUCUAGGGUCUGGGAGUGUAAGGCCAGGAGAAUCCUUGUGGUCCCAGUUUCUGUACUGGGAAAAAAAUCUGGCCAGAGGAUCAACUUUUGCAUACUUGAGUGCAAGGAAGCAAACAGUUUGCCUGGUAUCCUGCCUGUCUUGAAUCUGGUCCUGUGGGCCUUUGAAAAGUUAGAUCUGUGAUCUCUGGGGUUUCUGUGGCUUUGUUCAGUGCCUCCACUCUGAGACUGGCAGAGCUGUCUAUACUUGACAGGGCCUCCUUCACCUCCUGGGAGAGCCUUUAGGAAAAUCUGUGAAUAUUAUAAUGGAAAUUCUUUGAUAUCCAUACAUUUUCACCUCUAAUCAGCAAUUUUCUAGGUACCGUGUAAGCUGUAAAACUGAGUCAUUCUAGAAGACAGAGGACAGCUGUGACUUUUGAGGUACAUGGCUGACUGCAGGUUCACUUUUUCCCCUCAAGUUUUGUCUCUUCAUGUAGUUUGCAGCAAGGAAGGGGACUUGGGAGAACAAGUCAGGAAAUGUAGAGAAUGAACCCAGAAUGGGACAACAGGGAGCUAAUUGUGAACAGAGAGUGCCUCCUACGACACCUGGGGUGGGAUGUGAAUUCUGUAUUGACACAUGAAAUAUCCUGGUGUCUGGAGCCUUUUCCUCUUUGUCAAGUCCUUUCUGUAGCACUGCUGGGGCACAGGACAGAGUUGUAGCCCUGCAUCUUUGUCAUACCCUGGCUGGGUAUUCUCCGGACUUCAUGGCUGCCAUGUUCUUUAUGUACAUCCAGUUGUGACCCUGACCACUGGAGCUACAGGGGGGUUCUGUGUCUAGAAUAUAGCCUGUAGCACUUGACCUGUGGCGAGAGCUUCCUUUUGUGCCCCCAGUGGCUAUCCUUUGUUAACAUUACUAGGAAUAUGGAAAACGUCAGGCAGAAUUUUUUCCCCCUGCAAAGGGUAGAAGAGAGGCACAGUGUUUUCAUGAAUUUAUCAUAUCUCUUGUUUUUCUUCAAAGAAAAAGUUAAUUGAAACAAUGUCAUCUGCUCAAAGUUGAGUGGUUUAUUCAAAAUAAACUAAGUUUCUGAU